AUGUCCUCCCAAAUCCCCGCCUUCCAAAAAGGCAACACAGCCCUCAUAACCGGCGGCGCCUCCGGCAUCGGUCUCGCCCUCGCCCAACGUCUCUUAUCCUACGGCCUGCGCGUCCUCGUCGCAGACAAAGAUGCUUCCUCUCUCUACCGCCUCUCCUUGGCCCCCGAGACAGAGGACUUAAUCCCCUUCGAAAUGGACGUCGCCAAGCUGGAAGACUGGCACCGCCUCAAGACCAAGAUUUCUGAAGCCUUCAACGGACAACUCAACGUCCUAGCUCUCAACGCCGGCCGCGGGCUACCCACCUCUUUCACCAACCCAGAUCCUACCAAUUUCUACGAAACAAUGCAGACGAAUUUGUUUGGGGUGAUCAAUGGUGUUACUACUUUGUUGCCCCUCGUCCAAAGCACCUCCCAGACCUCUGGUCCCUCAAGCAUAAUUAUCACCGGCUCCAAACAGGGAAUCACCAACCCGCCGUCUAACCCGGCUUACAACGCGUCCAAGUCCGCCGUCAAGACGCUGGCGGAACACUUGGCGUUUGAUUUGUCCAAGUCUGAUCCCAGUGUUCUCAACGAAAAAAAGGAAAAGGAGAAGCCGGCGGGAGCAUGGUGGCCUGAGCAGGUGAUUGAUUAUCUCGAAAAGAAGAUGGAGGAGGGCAAGUUUUAUGUGAUUUGUCCGGAUAACGACGUAAGCGAGGAGAUGGAUAAGCGGAGAAUGGUCUGGGCUAUUGGGGAUGUGGUGGAGGGGAGGCCGCCGUUGACGAGGUGGAGGGCGGAGGACGGAUGGAAGGAGAGGGCGGAGGAGGGGAUGAAGAAACUGGAUGUUUAG